AUGAAGUACCUAGCUGCCUACCUACUGUUGAACGCCGCCGGCAACACUGCCGAUGCCGAGAACGUCAAGAAGGUCUUGACCUCUGUCGGUGUUGAGAUCGAGGACAAGAAAGUCAGCGCUUUGAUCGCUGCCGUCGAGGGUAAGGCCGUCGCCGACUUGAUCACCGAGGGUACCGAGAAGUUGUCCGCCGUCCCAGCCGCUGGCCCAGCCACCGGCGCUGCCGCUGCCUCUGGCGCCGCUGCCGGUGAGGCCGCCGCUGAGGAGGCCGCUGCUGAAGAGGAGGAAGAGUCUGACGCGGACAUGGGUUUCGGUCUAUUCGAUUAA